CAUGGGAGGCAAGAUUGAGUGCUUCCUGGAUCUCGCAUCCUUCUUCAGCUACGUCGCCUUUGUCGACUUGGCGCAGAACCGCGAUAAGCUGGCGGCCAACGGAGUGGAAAUAGAAUUCCAUCCCGUGCUGCUGGGCGGCAUCAACCACCUCUCAGGCAACAGCCCUCCAUGGACAAACAAGGUCAAGGCCAAAUACCUGCAGCAUGACUCCCGCCGCGCCGCCAACCGCGUCGGCCUCUCCAGCAUCCGCAGCCCGCCAGACCUCAUGGCCGUUUCCCACACCAUCUCGCCACUGCGCGCCCUGCACUACAUCAAGGCCAACCACCCGCGGGCCACCUUCCUGGCCGUCUUGGAGGCGUGCUUCAUCGCCUUCUGGACGCCUCCCAACGUCAACCUCAUCCCGGAGGAGAACCUGCGUGCCGUGCUGCAAGGGGCGACGGAGAAGCCCGGCAACAACAGUAGUGACGGUAACAGCGAGGAGAAGAAGAAGCUUUUCACAGAGGACGAGGUGGACAGGAUUAUGCAGAGCCGGGGGAGCAUGAAGGAGGUGCUUCUGGCUACGACCAAGAGGGCUGUUGAUCUGGGGGCCUUUGGCGCGCCGUGGUUCUGGGUGACGAAUGACAAGGGCGAGCAGGAGCCGUUCUUUGGCAGCGAUCGGUUCAAUCACAUUUACAAGUUUCUGGACGUUCCUUUUCAAGAUAUUGCUGUGCUGACCCCGUCCAAGUUGUAGCAAGGG